AAAUAGUAACCCCAGUUCUUGAACGAAAACCUAAGGAGCCCUAGCGUUCAAACCUGACAGCUGGGCCUCUCUCCUUCAACUGAGCUAUGGUCCUUCGGCAACCACGUCUAUCAAUUCCCCAAACCCAGAAGAGCACCGAUCUGUAGAUGCCAAAAAGGGAAAGAGAAAAGCCCCCUCAAUGUUCUUCGCCAACAACAACUACUCAUGAGCUCUCUCGUCGCACGAAAUGGUAAAACCUUUCAAAACCCAUAUUCUCAUUCACCUCCCUAGGCACCUCCCCCAAUUGGGUCCUCUCAAAUUUUCAUCAAAACCCCAAAUUUCUCGAGAAUUUGGUGAAUCAUCCUUUUGCAAACCUAUCCCAAGCUUGGUCUCUAAGGUGUGUGAAAUCCUGUGUGAGAAUCAAUGGUAUAAAAGCUCUGAACUUAAGCGUUUAAGCCCCAACCUUGGACCCCAACACGUGGCAGAAAUUAUCAAUACUUACAAGGGCAGCAGUGAGUUGGGUUUGCAGUUCUUUUAUUGGGUUUCCAAGACAUAUUUUUAUGAACACAACUUGGACUGUUUUAAGUCUAUGUUGAAUAGGCUCAUCCGCGAUCGCAACUUUGCGCCUGCGGAUCAGGUUAGGAUUUUGAUGAUCAAGGCUUGUAAAAACAGGGAGGAGAUUACCCGAGUCAUCGAGUAUCUGAGUGAAGUCGGUACAAAAGGUUUGGGGUUUAGUUUGUAUAGUUGUAACACGUUGUUAAUUCAGUUAGGCAAGUUUGAGAUGGUUGGUGCUGCUCAAGUUGUGUAUAAGCAAAUGUUGAGUUGUGGGAUUAAACCCAGUUUAUUAACUUUCAAUACUAUGAUUAAUAUAUUGUGCAAGAAGGGGGAGGUUCAUGAGGCGAAGUUGAUUCUAAGUUAUAUGUUUCAGUAUGAACUGAAACCUGACGUGUUUACCUAUACAUCCUUCAUUCUUGGGCACUGUAGAAACCUUAAUUUAGAUGCAGCGUUUGAGGUUUUCGAUAGGAUGGUGAAGGAAGGAUGUGAUCCAAACUCAGUAACGUAUUCGACAUUGAUAAAUGGGCUUUGCAAAGAGGGGAGGGUGGAUGAGGCGCUGGGGAUGCUCGAGGAAAUGAAAAAGAAAUGCAUUGAACCUUCAGUUUAUACGUACACCAUCCCAAUUUCCUCAUUAUGUGCAAAUGGGCGAGUGAAGGAGGCUAUUGCACUUCUGGCCAGCAUGAGGGAAAGGGGGUGUCGCCCAAAUGUGCAGACAUACACAGCUCUAAUUAGUGGGUUGUCUCAAGUGGGCAAACUUGAGGUGGCAAUUGGUUUGUACCACAAGAUGUUGAAGGAUGGUUUGGUUCCAAACACUGUCACAUAUAAUGCAAUGAUAAAUGAGUUGUGUUCCAGAGGAAGAUUUAAUGCUGCUCUUGACAUUUUCUAUUGGAUGGAAGGGCAUGGUGGUCGCUUGCCAAAUACUGAAACCUACAAUGAGAUGAUAAAGGGGUUUUGCAUGGUUAAAUCAAUGGAGAAGGCCAUGGGUCUUUUCAACAAGAUGCUGAAGAUAGGCCCCUCUCUAACAAUAGUAACAUACAACAUACUCAUCAAUGGGUUCCUCAAACAGCGGAAUCUUAACAAUGCUUUGAGGUUAUUGGAUUUGAUGAAGGCAAAUGGAUGUGAACCUGAUGAAUGGUCUUACACAGAACUUGUUUCAGGGUCUUGCAAAGGAGGCAAGUUCGAUUUGGCUACAACUCUUUUCAGCGAAAUGGUGGAACGAGGUUUGACUCCAAAUAAGUAUAGUUAUACUGCCUUGAUUGACGGUCACUGUAAGGAAGGGAAAGUAGAUGUCGCCUUGUCAUUACUUGACAGGAUGCAGGAAAAUGGCUGCAAUGCAAAUGUUGAAACUUACAAUGCUGUGAUAAAUGGUUUGGCCAAAGAGAAUAAAUUUGCUCAAGCUGAGAAACUAUGUAACGAGAUGGCGGAAAAAAAUUUGCUCCCAAAUAUCAUUACCUACACCACUUUGAUUGAUGGGCUCUGUAGGAAUGGUGGAACACAUCUUGCAUUCAAGAUUUUCCAUGAAAUGGAGAAAAAGGAUUGUUUUCCAAAUUUAUACACGUAUAGUUCUCUCAUUUAUGGGUUAUGUCUAGAAGGCAAGGCUGAUGAUGCAGAGAGUUUACUCAAAGAGAUGGAUAAGAAAGGAUUGGUUCCUGAUCACGUGACAUAUACCUCACUGAUUGAUGGAUUUGUGAUUCUUGGUAGGCUAGAUCAUGCAUUUUCGCUUCUAGGACGGAUGAUUGAUGUGGGCUGCAAACCUAACUACCGAACUUUCACUGUAUUAGUAAAGGGCUUGCAAAAAGAGUGCCAUUUGCUUGCAGUCCAACAUGAAGCAGCAUAUAGCUUCAGCUUGGAAGAGAAGGAUCUCAGUAUUGAAAUGGUUUGUAAUCUUUUAGUUAGGAUGUCAGAAUAUGGUUGUGAACCUACUGUUGAUACCUAUACCACCUUAGUCACUGGCUUGUGUCGAGAGAACAGAAAUCUUGAGGCAGACCAUUUGUUUCGAAGUAUGAAAGAGAAAGGCUUGUGUCCUAAUGUGGAGAUUUGCCACUCUAUGUUGGGUGCCUAUUGCAAGAUUUUACAAGUCGAGCGUGCUCUAGAAACUUUUCAUUUGAUGAUUGUUAAAGGUUUUGAGCCUUGUUUAUCAAAUUAUAGAGCUCUCAUUUGUGCUCUCUGUAGAGCAAGGAGGGUGAGAGAAGCCCAAGGUUUGUUUGAAAGCAUGCUUGAGAAGAAAUGGAGUUCCGAUGAGAUUGUCUGGACUAUCCUGGUAGAUGGGUUGCUCAAGGAAGGGGAAUUCGACAUAUGCAUGAAGUUUCUUCAUGUUAUGGAAUCUAAUAAUUGCAAUCUUAAUCAGCAGACAUAUGUAAUCUUGUCCAGAGAACUUUCAAAAGCGGACAAAGCUAUUGAUACAGAUCAGUUUGCCAAUAAAUUGAGAGCCAUGACCGUAAGUUCAUCAAGUUGAAGUUUUCAGACUGGAUUAGUGCCUCAUGAAAUGUUUUAUUGUGAGGAAAUUAGAUGGGUAUCUGGUUCUUGGGCCUCAGAAAUCUGUUAUCCAUUUGACUGAGAUGCAUUUCCUUACCAGCAAAAUCCAUGUCUGAGCUAUAACUACUUUGCCACUCUACAUCAAAUGAAUGAGGAGGAGAUUAUACUUUUGGUAGUCUAUGGUUGCGCAGGAUAUAGUACGGCAUUUUUUGUUUUGCUUUGGGUGGGGGAAGAGGUUGGAAGAGUAAUUUUUCUUUCCCGCUUCUUGACUGCUAAUCUUUGUCACAGAAUCCCUUCCCAAGGGUCACAUCAAAUAGUCAAAGCCUAACCCUUGAAUCAGUCUACAAUGACAUGACAAUAAAACUUGCAGCUGAAUAGGAGAAAGAGUUGAUCAUUAUCAGGGUCAAAAUGGGGCAGCUUUGAUGUUGCCAGCACAUAGCUUUCAGCUGUCCUGUAUCCACAAGAAGAAGAUUUAUGCAAAACAUUGCAGCUCUUAUAUUACAGAUGGGAAGGCAAAGUAGUGAUCAUGAUCAGACCAUGGUUGGAUCCUCCAUAGCUCGGAUCCUCCAUAGCUCUCCCACAAGAAAGAUUCAGGCGACUGGAACGAGUGAGAGAGGGGAGAGAGGAACAGGACCUUUUGAAGCUGUUUGCGGAGACUCAUCCCAAGAUUAUAUUUCCUUUGUUCAAACCUAGUGAAGAUGAACUCUCCCUCAAACUCAACUCACCCAGCAAGCUUUCUGAUUUUGGAGACAUCGAGACGGCCCAGACGGGAACGUUGGGGACUUUUCGGCCAACUGAUGGGAUAAUUAGGCGUGGCUCACCAAAUGUUGAGAAUUGUGAAGUGGGUACUACUCUCCAUCUGUAGACUGAGAUAUUAUUCUUUUCGUUAUCGGUAGACAUCUAUUGUUUC